GUUUUAUUAACGCACCAACGAACACUUAUCAAAUUUCCUUACGCCCACAAGUUUUAGUUUUCUAUAUAUACUCCAUCAUUAUUACAGUGUUAUUAAAAUCGAGCGUGACUAUUAUUUUUAAAUAUUAAAGUGUUAUUAAGAAGUAAAAUUAAAAAAAAUAGUGGAAAAUAAUUUAAGUGAAGGUAUUUAAAUAAUUGCCUAUCACAACAAAGUCAUUUGAACACAAAGAGUUCAAAUGUUGAGUUCAUCACAAAGCAAUGUACAAAGUCCGCAAAGUGAAAAGAGCUUUGCUUCUAUUGACCUGUCAAAUGAAGAUGACGAGACAGUUGCUAAGAAGAUUGAUGAAAUUAGACAGUGGGUUCGUUCUAAUAAUAAGCUGUACGCUCGUACAGAUGAAUUCACUUUAUUACAAUUUCUAAGGUGCUGUAAUUAUGAUGUAACGAAGACGCAAGAAAAAAUUUAUAAUUACUACGCUCAGAGAUCCAAGUAUCCCGAAUGGUUUGAUAAUAGAGAUCCAUUUUUACCAGAGCUUGAAGAGUUGCUAGAUUUAGGUGUAUUUAUACCUUUGAAACAGCAAAACGAUGGAGAAAAAAUGAUAAUAAUUAUACGUGUCAGUAUUCAUGACCCUUACAAGCAUAAAAUAGCAAAUGUUAUCAAGACAGGUAAAAUGAUAUUAGACGUCGCUAUAAAAGAUAAUAUGACAGUUUCAACGAUCGGAGUGAUUGUAAUCUUCGAUAUGAGCAAUGUCACUUUAGGCCACGGUCUUCAAAUGACACCGAGAGUGAUACAACGACUCGUACACUCUUGGCAAGGAUGCUAUCCAGUUAAAAUAAAUUCCCUCAAUUUCAUUAACGCGCCCAUUUACGUUAAUGGAAUUUUAAACAUAUUUAAAAGCUUUAUGAGUCAUAAAAUGCGUACAAAAGUCAAUGUCUACUCUAAGACCAGUGAAGAUUUUUUUUCAAGUAUUCCUAAGCAGCAACUGCCUGCCGAGUACGGUGGCCUUGCUGAAAAUUUACAAAGUUAUAUAAAGUACUGGAAAUAUACUGUGCAACAAAGUAAGGAAUGGUUUACGGAAGAAGAAAAUUAUCGAGUUGUUUUAUAAGUUUUAAAAUAUGUAAAUUUUUAUUUGUUUAGUAAAUAAAUGUAUAUCAAAAUA